UGAUCCCAUUAUCCCAAGUCCGGUUCAUGCAGGCGCAGCAAGCUUAGACAGCCGUCCUUCCUUCUUUUUUUUCUCUUCCUUCUAUUCUUCCUUCUCGGUUUCUUUAGCUCCUGCGGUCCAAGUGAUCUGCUUUUACGCACUAGCCACCCUCCUUCCCGCCUGGUCGUGUUGGGUUUACAGUUAACAAACCUCUUUAUUUUAUUUUCACAAAUAUCACAUAUAAAGACAAUAUCCCCAUCCGUCCUUUUCACUCUUUGACCUUUAGCCCACCUAGUUGAGCUGGCAGGCGGAUUCGUUUAGACUUCUCACUUGCUGCUGUCUCGGACCUCCCACACUCCGUCCCCGGAAUCUUAAAAGCAGACCGCGUCUCUUUUCUUCUCUUCUUCACUCCUCCUUAUUCACCCUUGUUCCGGUAACAAAAACUAAAGCAAGAUGGCUCCCAUAACUUCCAUCUUCGCCCCCUUCGUCGCCGCGGUUGCCCUCCUGGCGCCGUUGGCCAGCGCCGCCCCUCAGCUCUUCAGGGAUGGCAAGUUCAUUGGCCUGCCCAUCGCCAAUGCUGAGGCCUUGAACCUUAUCCCCAGCAGCUACAUCGUCGUCUACAACAGCAGCAUGGACACCGCCGACAUUGACGCCUCGCAGGCCUCGAUCAUGUCCACCAUCGCCAAGCGCAAUGUCUACAAGCGCUCGCUCGACGGCCGCCAGCUGUCGACCCGUGUCCAGACUUGCCAGAUCAACAAGUGGAGGGCACUGAUGCUGGAUGCCGACGACAAGACCAUCCUGGACAUCAUGAAGGACCCCACGGUUGCAUAUGUUGAGGGUGACGCCAAGGUCCAGCUCAACAUCCCCGAGACCCCUGUCCUCGAGGAGGACAGCGACAUGCAUGCCCUGCCUGUCGAUGCCUCUGGGCCGCUCACCAAGCGUGCCUCUACCUCUCAGACUGGUGCCCCCAGCGGCCUGUUUCGCCUCAGCGCCACAGCGCCCAAUGGCGCCACCACGGGUACCUACACCUUUGACGAGACUGCCGGUCAGAACAUCACCGUUUACGUCGUCGACACUGGUGUCCGCAUCACCCACACCGAGUUCGAGGGCCGUGCUGAAUUUCCUGUGGAGGCCAACUUCAUCAACCCCGGGACGGAAGUUGAUGAGAAUGGUCACGGCUCUCACUGCGCCGGUACCAUCGCCGGCAAGACCUUUGGUGUCGCCAAGAAUGCCAAGAUCGUUGGUGUCAAGGUCCUUGAUGCCCAAGGCGGUGGCCAAAACUCCGGUGUCAUCGCGGGCAUGAACUUUGUUGCCAAGAACGUCGCGGAGAACGGUCGGGGUCGCAAGUCCGUCAUGAACAUGUCGCUUGGUGGUGCUUCUUCCAGGGCCGUCAACGAGGCCAUCAACAACAUCCGCGCUGCCGGCGUCGUCCCCGUCGUCGCUGCUGGCAACGAGAACCAGAAUGCCGCCAACUCGUCUCCCGCAUCGGCUGCUGGUGCCAUCACCGUUGGCGCCAUUGACCAGCGCACCGACGCGAAGGCUAGCUUCUCCAACUUCGGCGAGGUUGUCGACAUCUUCGCUCCUGGAGUCCAAGUGGUGAGCGUCGACGCCAAGUCCAACACUGGCUCCAAAGCCCUGUCGGGUACCUCGAUGGCCUCCCCCCACGUCGCCGGCCUGGCUGCGUACCUCAUGGCCCUCGACCCUACCCUCACUGCCGGUGGCGCUCUCAGCAGCGCCGCGGACAAGGUCGAUGCUAGGAUGAAGGCCCUCGCUGACGCCAUGGGCGCCACGGUCAAGAACAACACUCGCGGCACCACCAACCGCAUCGCCAACAACGGCAACGUUUAAAAAUCUUCGCAUAUCAAAUUCUUGGAUUUUUGUACAUACACCAUUUCAGGCGUCGAGGGGAUCUCAUUGGGCGCAACGGGACCAUUCUCUUGCUACCGCGAAGGGCCCAAAGAAAACGGCAAGGGAGACCAAAAAAAAUAAACAGAUAUCUGCUCACGUCAUAGAAGCAUAUUCCCCUACGACGUUUUUGCACUUAUCGGUUAUAUUGCGACAAGCAGUUCGUCUUUUGGCAAUUGGAUUUCCCUUUCAUUCGGUUCCUCUUCCCACACGACCCUCCGGCCGGCACUCUCGCCCAGGCAUUUGCCUCCCAAUGGUUUGACGGAGAGUGGAUAUGGCUUGCUCCGUUUUCUGGGUGGCUUGAGUGGGACCUUCAGAUCUAGCAUCGUCGGCUUGGCGACCAUUGGACACUGGCGUUUUUCUGCGAGCAUACGAGUUAUUUGAUUUGGCGGCUUUGUAUUUACACAUCUUGGUUAUUCACUCAUCCUCACUUUUGAGAUGAGCCUCCUGAUAAAGGGUAGGAACUUAAUGCUAGCCUCGAGGUUAUUCACCGCCCCCUUUUGUUGCUGGCCCUAGUGCCUUGACCUCGUUCGGCGGCCAAGACCAGACAGG